ACAUAUAUAUAUACAUACACACACUAUGUGCAUUUCCCGCCUCUCACUAUUUCCCGCUCCGAAGAAACCCUAACUGCCGAAAAAUGGGGACGAAGCACCACUCCUCCGAUCCCGUUUCAGACCCCAAGAAGCGCCGCCGUGUCGGAUUCUCCCAAAUCGAUGCUGGAAUCGAAGCUAACGAUUGCAUCAAAAUCUAUCUGGUUUCUAGCAAAGAGGAGGUGGAUGCUCCAGAUAGCUUUUGUAUUCAGCCAGUUGACUUGAACCACUUUUUCGAAGAAGAUGGAAAAAUUUAUGGUUACCAAGGGUUGAAGAUCACCAUUUGGGUCAGCAGCAUAUCUUUUCAUGCAUAUGCUGAGAUUACAUUUCAGAGCACAUCUGAUGGAGGCAAAGGGAUUACAGAUCUGAAAUCUGCUCUCCAGAAUAUUUUUGCUGAGAAUAUUGUUGAGAAAAAAGAGGAUUUCCUUCAAACAUUUUCAACCGAGUGUGAUUAUGUUAAAUCUAUUGUCUCAAAAGGGGAGAUAUUGCAGCAAAACACCACCAAUGGGCACAACAGUGAUUCUAACAGUUAUUUGAAGACAGAUUGUUCUGAUUUGGAGGUUAUUCGCGUUGUGGUGGGCACCAUGCCUGUUGGGCACCUUUACAGUCGAUUGGUACCUCUUGUUCUUAUCCUUGUAGAUGGUAGCAAUCCUAUUGACAUUACUGAUCCAAGAUGGGAGAUUCUUCUCAUAGUUCAGAAGAAAAUUGAUCUGCAAGGCGGCAAUCAACUUAGAUUGCUUGGUUUUGCAGCGAUAUAUCGUUUUUACCAUUAUCCCGACAGUUUGCGCUUGCGUCUUAGUCAGAUACUUGUAUUGCCUCCUUACCAGCACAAAGGUUACGGCCGACAUCUUCUAGAGGUGCUUAAUAAUGUUGCGAUUUGUGAAAAUGUUUAUGACUUGACAAUUGAAGAGCCUUUGGAUUCCUUACAACACGUGCGAACGUGUAUUGAUGUGGGACGCCUGCUUGUUUUUAACCCAAUCCAGAAAGCCCUCGAUUCCACAAUUUUACGUCUGAAGCAAGAAAAUCUCUCAAAGAAAAGCCAAACGUCUUGUUUUGGGCCACCUCCAAGUGCUAUUGACCACGUUAGGAAAAGUUUGAAAAUUAACAAGAAACAGUUUCAACAAUGUUGGGAGGUGCUCAUCUAUCUUGGCCUUGAUUUUGUAGACAAGCAAAUCGACAAUUUCAUGACUGUCAUUUCAGAUCGUGUUAGAGCCGAUGUCAUAGGGAAGGACUCGGGGGCUGCAGAGAAGCGGGUGAUUGAAUUUCCAACAGAUUAUGAUCAAGAAAUGUCGUUUGUUAUGUUCAGGUGCAAGAAUGGUGAAGCUAGUAGGAUUGACAUGGAUGAAAAUCAAACCAAUCAAGAGCAGCAGCUGAAAGAACUAGUUGAUGAAAGGAUGAAAGAGAUCAAGUCGAUUGCACAGAAGGUAUGUCCUCGAAGUUCAUGAAGACUUGCAAGGCCAUUCCAUCGUUGUUUGGUUUGUUUGGUGUCCAUGAAUCUGCCAGGAAAGUGAAAGUUCUGGAAGAGGUUGGAAUGCAUUGAGGGCUUGCCUGUAAAUGAAUGAGCUGUUUCCUUAGUUCUAGAAUGAACUUUAAUUUGCAGUCAUGUUGUUUGGAUUAUUAGCUAGAACUCCUUUAUGAUUUAUGAAGUGAAACUUGAAAUCAUGCUAUUAUUCUAUAUUUUGAGCAGGCUGUAGGUAGGUGCGAUUAUUAACACAUGGAAAACAACCAACUUGUAUGUUCAAUUUGUUUUGGCAUA